CAGCAAUUUCUUUUUACAAUAAUCGCUCCUCUGCUAUAGAGUUGCAUGCAUGCUUGACCGUCCACCAUAAAAUGCCUUUUGCUAACGAUAUAAAUAAAAGAUGAAAAAAUGUAUCGAUUCGACUGAAUCUGAGAGAAAGACCAGAGAGAAAUCCAUAUAUCUUGAAUAGGCACAUUUACAUUAUAAAUGAUAUUGAUGGAGUCACUUAUAUUAUUGUGUAUGAAAAUUGCUUCCGCUCGAGCCGACCUUUUUCCUUUAUACUUAUAUACACCACAAAUUUUUUUGCUAGCUUACACAACACGGAUAUUCAGAAGAGAUAAAAUAAUAUAUUAUAUUAUACGCGCGGUCUACGUUUUUCUUGACAGAAUGUCAGAGAGUAAAACGCUGAAAAUUUUUGAAAGUGAUUAUUAUAGGACGUAUAAAAAUUCAGUGAAACUCAUAGGAUUGUGGCCGCAUGAAAAUAUUCACAAAAAAAGAAUCACACGUUUUUUCAUUACUGCUCUGUUAACAACUUUCAUGAUUCUUCAACUUCAAUUUUUAUACGAACAAAUCCAGGGACAUUGGGAUACAAUCACAAAUAAAAGAGAACGACAAAUAUUAGAACAAUCGGCGAGCGAAAGUCAGUUUCUAAGCAAAUUCUACAUGGGCGCGUCUUAUGUUGCUUUAGUGGUAUACACUGCCUCACCCGUACUUGUACCAAUUAUUUUGGACAUCGCAUUACCUCUCAAUGAAUCUCGCAGAAAAACAUUUCCUUACUUUAUAGAAUAUUUCAUUGAUACUGAAUUUUACUAUUAUCAGUUGAUGGUACACGGAACAAUUUGCUUUACUAUUUCUGUAUUGGUUUAUAUCAGUAUUGACACCAUGUAUGCCGCGUGCUGUCAACAUCUCUGCGGUCUCUUUGACAUCGUUGAACAUCGGCUAAAAGAAGCGGUAAAAACAAAUAGCAAUAGAAUAAAUCUUGAGCCCGAUAGAACCGAUAUACUAAUGCAUAAAUUGCUCAACGAAGCGAUUACCUUACAUCAAGAUUCUAUAGAAUUCGCGGUUUUGAUUGAAAAUACAUAUGCUCUUUGCUAUCUUCUGGUAUUGGGCUUAAACUUAGCUGUUAUUGUACUUGCUGCAGUUGAUAUAGUUAUAAAUCUAGAUGACACGAAUCAAAUCAUUAGAUUGUCCAUAUUAUACAUUGCCUUUUCUUUCCAUCUGUUUUUUAACAGUGUUCCAGGGCAAAAAAUACACGAUAAAAGCGUCAACGUCAUGAACUCGGCAUAUUUUUCUGAAUGGUAUAAUUUGCCUCUGAACGCAAGAAAGUUGAUUCAAUUAAUAAUACACAGAAGCUUGAAUCCCUGUCAGUUUACAGCUGGAGGUUUAUUUGUGCUGAAUAUUGAAAAUUUCGGAAGCAUAAUGAAAUCUUCAAUGUCCUACAUAACGGUUUUAGCGUCAAUAAGAUAAAUUAAAAUGACUGAAUAUAAGUAUUCGAUUGUAUAGCUUAUGCGUCGUCGAUUCCUCCUACACCUAGACAAUAGUCAUAAUGUUAUACGUCAAUGAAAUAUUUUGAGUUGUAAGUAUAAUAAUAUAAUUAGUAAGUUGCUGAUGAUAUUUGCCAGAUCAAUGAAGAUAUACCGCGAAGAGUGAAUUCAUUAUUGAAUUUAUCAUUAUAUCGUGUGUCGAGAUACCCGAAUUAAAUUAUUUUGUUUCCUUGAUUU